AUGGAACUGGUAGAUAUUGGAGAUUUCUUUGCAUCAGGGUACUAUAACGAACAUUUUAUAGGGUUUUUGAAAUAUAAUUCAUUGGCGUCGGAUAAGAUUUUCAUAUUGAAUGAUUAUGGUGAUGAUGAUAAGAUUGGUGCAUUUUACAAGAGUACGAUGACCUUACGCGAGUUUGUAAAGAAUGCAUUACAGAAUAAAGGUACUAUGAAUAAGUUUAAGAGGGGGGUGUAUAGUUUUAUUGAUUUGAAGACCUUUUUCCCGUUGGUUCAUGAACAAUUAAAGAGUCUUAAUAGAUGUGUGGAGGGUCAAGGUAAAUGGAUUGUUUAUCCCUUAUUUGUUGUUGCACGUCAAUUAUAUGAGACAUGUUUACGCUUGGACCCUAUUAUUAUGAAAUCUUGUGGUGGGUCCAAUAAUGGUAAGAAGAUUUGUCAAGAGAUGUGGGAAGAUUGUGGACGUGAUAUCCAUAGAAGUUUCACGUUAUGUUUAAAUGAUAGGAAUCCGUAUAUGCCGGAUAAUAGGAAAUAUGGUGUUUACAUGUUUGCCAAUUUAGAGUUUCAAAUUUAUCAUCGGUUACAUAAUAAGGAUAUGAUUGGUAACUUAAUUAAAGUGUUAGAGUCUCGUAUAAAUGUUGGAGUGACUACAUUGAAUGAAUUGCCUAGUUUGGAGGAGAGUCUAGCGGGGGAAUGGCGAUCACAUAUUGUGAUGUUUAAUUAUUAUAUGGGCCAAUAUUAUGGAUGUUAUAUGAAUGAAUUUGGCAAAGCGGUGGAGUAUUUGACGGAGGCAUUGUUGAAUUGUCCGGUUGAUCAAGAAUAUAAUUUUGAUGGUAUUGUGGAAAAGAUUUUGAUGUUGUUAAUACCCUUUGCCAUAUGCUCCAAUAAAGUGUACCCUAAUUUAGACUAUUUGGAAACACGAUUACUGAAGAAUAAGAAGGGUUCUCAGUUACGAGUGAUCUUCGACCCGAUCAUUGAGAGUCUCCGUUGUGGUAAUCUACAGUUAUUUGACAGCACGUUCCAAGGGUUGGAGUUGACGUUUCUAUCCAACGGGAUAUACGUUGUCAUGAGUCACAUCCGGCCCCUGGUGCUGUUGAAGAUGGUCAAGAGAUACCACGCAGUCACGUGCGAGACGAUCAUCCCGUUUGCACAGUUGCUGAUUGCGUAUCGUCUGAGCAAGCAAGAGCAAGAGCAAGAGCAAGAGAAAGACUCACUGGAAGCGCAAAUGGACCAACUCGAAUGCUCGCUGGCAAACCUGAUCGUCGGCGGCUACAUCCGCGGCUAUUUGUCCCACGGAAACCGCUGUAUGGUUGUCAGCAAGAAGGACCCGUUUCCUCGUCUUGCACGGCGAUUACGUAAGUGA